CUCAUGUGGUGCACCAAUUAAUACUCGAGGAUUUAAGCUUAGCGAGGUUCUAAGUGGAAACACAGCUAUAAAUGACCCGACAAUCGAUUUCCAAGGAGAAAGGCCUUGGGUGCAACCGGAAGGGGAGCAAUUGUGCACUGCUUUCAACAAACUAAGGAGGCUAUCUAUCUUUAACAUCUAUGUGGAGUUUGACCUUAUAUGGAUGACAGUUCUCCUUGAAGCUGCACCAUCUGUUGAGAUAUUUGAUUUUGGGAUAUGGAAUCAUUCAUGUGAUAUGGAUGAGGAGCGAAGGCGACGUUCUUUUGGUGAAAGAACAAAUCCUUCAUGGAAGACGUUUGAGUUCAGAAGCCGUAAGCAAUGGCUGCUAAAAGAGCUUGAUGUUACUGGAUUUAACCCAGUAGAGAAGCAAAUAACAUUUAUAAGGUCUGUGAUGGGAAGAUCUCCCAACUUGAAAACUAUUACUCUGCGGGAUUACAUGCCUUGCAAAGACUGUGAGGAGAUGGGCAAACUGCCUUAUUCUGGUUUCCCAAUAAAUGAGGAUGGGCAAGACAUAGCCAUCAACCAAAUUAACGGAGACAUGCCUGAUUCUCAUGUGCGGAUAAUUUUUUCAGGAUGUUGUACAGACAAUUAGUGUGUAUUACCCAUUUCCCAACACUAUGGAUCCAUUUAUUUUGAUGAUAAGAAACAAUGUACCGGCAUUGUAUAUUGUUUAAAUUUAUUUAGGCCACCCAAGGAAAUGAAACCUUUUUUUU